GGACACGCCCUAAUGCUUCCACAUCGGAAAAUAUGUGGCCUCAAUGUGGUGACGUUCAUAUGCACUGUAUCUCAGGAGCACUUCCUAAACCUAACUCCAACUAGUGAUUGUUUUUAUUUUGUACAAAAGUGUUACAUAAUUGAACGUCGUGUCGUUACUUCGCCAAAGCCUGCUCUUCCUGUAUUUCAAGAUCCAAUCAUGUUGCAGGAGAGCAAGUUCUGCCUAGAACACAAGUGGCAUUCAUAAAAACACCGCUGUGACGUAUGUUUCAUUCUGCAUCAAGAUGGCGAUACACCUGUUUCCAUAACGGCGAUCAGAUCUGUUUCCCAACCGCCAGUUAGCCAAUUAAAACUGUUAAACCGAGUGACAGUUGUUAUUAGGGGUGACUAUGUCCACGGAGGAGCUGUCGGCCUCGGACAGCGAGGCCGCGUUGGCUGGCGCCGGCGAGCGCUGGGCGCCGGUUGGCGCCGUGGCUAGCCCCGAAGAGGAGCGCGCGAGCGACGGCCACUCGAGGCGGAAAGGCUUGGUCGGCGGAGACAAUGUCCACGAGGAAACGGCCGGGCGGCUGAGGAAGCUGGAGGAGGAGCAGGAGCUGCUCAAUUCUUCCCUGCUGGCCCUCACGUCGCACUUUGCCCAGGUGCAGUUUCGACUCAAGCAGAUAGUCCACGCGCAGAGCGACGAGAAGGAGAAGAUGCUGACCGAGUUGGAGGAGUUCGCCUUCCGGGGCUGCCCGCAUGUGUUGGGUUGCGGGCCCCGGGGCGCCCAACACCUCCACAACACGAGCGAGCGGGAGAAGCGGGAGCGUUUGGAGGCUCAGCGGGAGAAGCAGAAAGAUCUCAUCUUCCAGCUCAAGACACAACUGGAUGAUCUGGAGCACUUCGCCUACCAGGAGGGCAGCUACGACUCGCUGCCGCAGUCUGUUGUCAUGGAGCGGCAGAAGGUGAUUAUCGACGAACUCAUCAAGAAGUUGGACGUAAACCUGAACGAGGACAUCGGCAACCUGUCGCCUGAGGAGCUCCGACGGCGAGUGGACGUCGCCAUUGCGCAGAUCGUUAACCCAGCACGGGUCAAGGAGCAGCUGGUGGAGCAGCUCAAGACGCAGAUUAGAGACCUGGAGAUGUUCAUCAACUUCAUCCAGGAUGAGGUGGGCAACCCUCUAUUGUGUGACGGAACGCACAGUCAGCAGCCCCUAGCUGCUUCUGCCAAGGCCAGAACCCCCAGAGGGAAGAGGACAGUAGACCCGGAGCAGGCGCAGAGGAUGCGUGAGACAGGGCUACAGCUGAUCCAGAAGGCGCUGGCCGUGCUUCAGAUAUUCGCCGCCAGCCAAUUCGGCUGCUCGGCCGGCCAGGUGCCAUCAGGCGUGUGGCCCCAAGAGUCGGCACAGCGUGACUACGGUCCUUUAUUACGCCGUCUGGAGGUGGUCGUAGACAAGGUUCGUGUGCUAGGCUCAGGCCGCCAACCAAGCCAGGAGCACGUGGUCAACUACACCGGGAACUCAGCUGUGGGACUGCGUGAUGAUCUUACUACGUGCGUACGCAAAGAGCUGGCCCUGGUUCUCAAGGACUUGUUGGCGCACGGUCUGGUGUCACCAUCCCAGACCGUGAGCUUGGUUCUGGCGCCAAUAUCCUGCUUGCUGCCCCACGGGACCACGACAACCCAAACCAUGCACCCCUGGGAGCUUUUCGUCAAGUACUACCACUCCAAAAAUGGCAAGGCCUUCGCAGAGUCGCCUGCCCGUCAGCUCUCACAGUCCUUUAGCCUGCCAGUAGCGGGCGGCCCUGUUACCAUCACCCCCAAACAGUCCCUGCUGUGGGCCAUCCACACAGUUUUGAAGGAGCACGGGCGCUACAAGCGAGGCCCUGACACCGAGUUCAAGGCACUGGUGUGCAUGGCGCUCAACGAGCAGCGGCUGGUCUCCUGGCUCAACCUGCUGUGCAAGGCAGGCACGGUGGUACACCCACACUACCUGGCGUGGAGCUACAUGGCACAGACCGGCUUCGAGGGCGCCCUGCGGAUUCUCGGACGCAUCAGCCACCUCAAGUUCGAGUUACCCGUCGACCUGGCUGUGCGGCAGCUCAAGAACAUCAAAGACGCUUUCUGAGAACACCAAACUGAGACGCAACGAGGGGAAUGAGUCAAGGUGUGGACAAAAUAUUUUGGAGCACAGUCCAGAAGCAGCCAUUUAGCAAGAAUCCUGUAAUAUUUUUGCAACCAUUUAUUUUAUUUUCUUGAUUGUCAUUGUCGCAUUUCAAUUUUUUUUUUCUAAAAAGGGUUAGUUAAAAUGUAUUUAUUCUAAACAUUUUUUAAAAUGAAUGUGUCUCAUAACGUAACUAGUUAUUUGUGUGAUUGUAAAUAAAACGAAAGCACACGUACACAUUUAACAGUUUUGUUUCCUUCAUCAAAUAACUAUAAAUACAAUUAAAGAGAAUGAGAUAUGAAUUUCACAAAAUAUACAACAGUGCAGUUUAUGUAAUUGGUUCAUUGAUUUAUUGUAAACAAAAUAUUAGCUUGAUUUUAAAUAAUUGGUUGAGUGUAGUUAAAUUAUAAAUAGCACAAUGCUUGUAAGGAAAUAUUGGUUGUGGCAACUUGCAAGUAUCUUCUCCCUGAAUGUAAACGCCAUAGUUGCUAUUAAAGUGCUCUCUAAACGUGGAGUAUGGUUAAAAGUGCUGACAAUUGUACCAGCAACAGAUCAGGCUAGUAAUACCACAUGUCGUUUUUGUCCUACUAUAUUAUUUAUAUACAGAAGAAUUUAUUCAUUGGACUGUGUCGGCACACUUGUAAAGUGGCUGUCAGGAUGAAUUCUACAUAUGUAGCUAUUUGUUUUUCCCCCUCUUUAUCCUGAACAAUAAUAUAUUAUGUAUAUUACGUUUGUUUUAACUCCUUCCCGUCAUGUUUCAUGCAGAGAACAGUUAUAAACAUUAAAUGUGAUAAAACUACUGA